AUGGCCGCGGUAAAAUCAACACAGACGGAACUCCCGACCUUCUCGCCAAUCGACUAUGCCAAGUUCUUCGGAGCCGGCGCCCUCGCGGCGACCUCCACCCACGGUGCAGCAACGCCAAUUGACGUCGUCAAGACGCGUAUUCAGGUUGACGACGCCAUGAAGGGCCUCAACAUGAUCAAGGCCGGCCGCACCAUCGUCGCCAAGGAGGGCGCAUCCGCCUUGCUGACCGGCUUCGGCCCUACCGCCGUCGGCUACCUCGUCCAGGGCGGCGGAAAGUUCGCCGGCUACGAGUUCUUCAAGAAGCAGUUCAUCACCCUCGCCGGCGGCCCCGAAAAGUCCGUCAACAAGCGCACCGCCAUCUACCUCGGCGCCAGCGCCACCGCCGAGUUCUUCGCCGACAUCCUACUGUGCCCUCUCGAAGCGACGCGCAUCCGUCUCGUCUCGCAGCGCGGCUAUGCGACCGGUCUGGGAUCCGGAUUCAUGCGCCUCGCGCGCGAGGAGGGGUUCAAGGGGUUUUACUCGGGUUUCGUGCCGUUGCUAUUCAAGCAGGUCCCUUACGCCGUCGGUCAAUUCUCCGUGCACGAGGCCGCUGUCGAGGUCAUUUACCGCGCCAUGGGGCCCGAGAAGAAGGCCAAGAUGACGCAGCUGCAGUCGACGGGUGUCGAGUUGGCCUCGGGUAUUCUCGCCGGUGUCGCUGCUGCCGUGCUUUCGCAUCCCGCCGACACGCUGCUUUCUGCCAUCAACAAGGGCGCUGGCGACCCGAAACAGGGUGCCACGAGCCGCAUGAUCCAGCUUGCCAAGGAGUUCGGUCCCAAGCGUCUGUUGUUGACGGGCCUGGGCCCCGUAUCUUCAUGA